AUGGUCAUGCGGCCCAAGAACAGUUCUGGAGUCACGCCCGAAUCAUCCACGGCUACUCAAGAGGUCGAUAACAGCAACUCCCGCUCUGUAUUCGGCGACAACCAUGCCGCUACCGAAGAUGCGAUGAUGGUUGCGCACGCGAAGUACAUGCGUGAGGCAGGUCAAAUUGAUGACAAGAUGGAAGCAGAACUCUCCAAGGCGUGGCAUAAAUCUGGCGAACUUCACAGGAAAUAUACGCCGGCAUAUCUCGCAAUGCUUCCAAAUUACACUGGCCAGAAUCAAGACGAGAUGCCCUCUUACGAGACAGCGCUGAGGCACCAGAAGGCGCGAGAUGAUGCGCAAGAACAGCUGCUCGCCGACUUUAUGGCAGGCAAGAUCGAUGAGAACGGCAAUCGUAUUGACGGCCGAGAUGGGCCUUCCUCGUCGAUACCAUCGGGGGGUGAGCGCGAUAAGAUAGACGACAGCACAAACGAGCUGAGCACGAAGACGAAUGGCUCACCAAAGAAGGGAAAGACACUGGCUAUGAAAUCGUCGCAACCCACUCUCGUAACUGUGCCUUCGCGAUACACCCAACACCUCCCAGCCUCCACAUCAGCGCCUCGAUCCAACGCGCAAACCGCGGUUUCAGACAUCGAGGCAGCUACUACUAUCGUGACCUCUUCCGACUCAUCUCAGCCAUCCUCAUCAUCGUCUUCCCAGCGCACCAAAGCCCGAUCCAAAGCGAAGUCAGUCGUCCAACCCCUCACCCCUCUAUUCAAUCGUCCCUCCUACACCGAAGUAAACUACUACGAACUCCUAGAUCUCUGUCGUAACCGCAAGAUCCACGGCCGGGGCACCGAGCAGCAAGUCCGCAACGCGCUCAUCCAAGACGACAUCAACAUUGCGUUAGGACAUGAGCGAGAAAUGAUUAAGAGUCAGGGGCGGAGAAAGGCGUACAAGCACCAAGCGCCCGCGGAGCUGAAGAAUGGGAAUGUGGCGAACGGGGGUUCGCAGGGAAAGGACUCUGACGAGACGCUGAGUAUGGGGAGUAGUGAAGGAGUCCAUCCGCGGACGAAUGUUGUGGGGAAGAAGACGGAGAUCGUGACAGAUGCUGAAGUUUCGGAGGCGGAGAGCGAGUCGGCGUUUGAAGAUUUGAGGGCCGUGUGCUGCACGGAAAGGAAGCAGGGGAUCGAGAAUGACGAGGAUGGAAGCGAAGGAGAGGGUGGGGAUAGUACGGGCGAUAAGAAAAGACUCAAGUUGAGCAAGUAG